CACUUUCGGUCUUUCGGUUUCUAUGCGUCGUACGACGGUCGUACGGUCGGUUGUUCUCAAACUGCGGUACUGACUGACCCGAUAGUUUUUCGAAACCCGAUAUCACCGGAAAUCGCGCGUGUGUAUGUGAAAAUGCCGCGAUAAACUAAAUAAAACUUCAAUUCGGUUCAGUAAUCAGUUUCGUUGGUGUUAUAGUUUGCUAUAAACGCUUUGGACGGAUUUUUACAGUCGGUUGUUUCGGGGUGGUUUGCACCCAUUUUUUCGUACGCACAGUUUAAAAAAAAAACAAAAUGCGGUUUAAAUCGUCCCUCUAUGUGCUCAUCCUGUACCUAUCGACAAACAUUUUCGGUCAAUUAUUGCACGAGCACGAGCAAACGCCCGCCCUAGGGUUCAAAGGGACGACCCGUUGCUACGACCAGUACAAUAGACCUCAGCGUUGCAUACCCGAAUUCGAAAAUGCCGCCUUCAACAUGGAAAUGGAGGCGACCAACACGUGCGGCGAGGAGAUGCCCCAAGAGUACUGCGUCCAGACGGGUCAGCAAACCGGCGGGAUAAAGAAAUCUUGCACGUUAUGUACUCCGGGACAGCACCACGCCCGUUUCUUGACCGAUCUCCAUAACACGGACAAACCGACGUGGUGGCAAAGCGAAACGAUGCUCGAGGGCAUCCAGUGGCCCACCCAGGUCAACCUCACUUUGAGAUUCGGUAAGGCCUUCGAUCUCACUUAUAUCCGUUUGUGGUUUCAAUCGCCCCGGCCGGAGAGCUUUUUUAUAUCCAAGAAGACCACCCCGGACGGAGAGUGGAUACCUUAUCAAUAUUAUAGUGCCACCUGCCGGGACACCUACGGACUCCCGGACAUGACUCAGACCUACGUGAUCGCGGGAGAAGAAACGAGAGCCCUGUGCACCUCCGAGUACUCGGAUAUCUCACCCUUGAGGGGCGGCAACGUCGCCUUCGGCACUUUGGAGGGCAGACCUUCCGCCUACAACUUCGACACCAGUCCCGAACUGCAAGAAUGGGUUACUGCGAGCGAGAUCCGCAUCACCCUCGACCGCAUCAACACGUUCGGCGACGAGGUGUUCGGCGACUCGCAGGUGCUCAAGUCGUACUUUUACGCGGUGGCGGACGUGGCGGUGGGGGCGCGGUGCAAAUGUAACGGACACGCGAGCGAGUGCGUGGCGAGUACCGGGGCGAACGGUACUCGCACGCGAGUCUGCCGCUGCGAGCACAACACCGCGGGGCCGGACUGCGGCGAGUGUUUGCCCUUUUACAACGACGCGCCCUGGGCGAGGGCCAACGCGAACAAUCCGAACCCGUGCAAAGAGUGCAACUGCAACGGUUUUUCCGAUCGGUGCAUGUUCGACGCGAAAUUGUACGAGAAAACCGGACACGGGGGCUACUGUUUGGACUGCCGGGACAACAGGGACGGUCCGAACUGCGAAACAUGCCGUCCCAAUUAUUAUAAGACCCCGGCGGGUACCUGCGAAGCCUGCCACUGCGACGACCAGGGUUCCUUGUUCCAGCAGUGUAACUCGGAAGGGAAAUGUCAGUGCAAACCGGGCGUGACGGGAGAGAAAUGCGACAGGUGCGCGGAGAACCAUUGGGACUUUACCAGCACGGGUUGUAAAAGUUGCGGCUGCUCGGAAGAGGGCGGGGCGUAUAACAAGGCCGUCUGCGACCCGCGAACCGGCGUCUGCGCGUGCAAAGAAAACGUCGAGGGAAAACAGUGCAAGGACUGCAAACCCGGAUUCUUCCAUCUGGAUCUGGAGAACGAGUUCGGGUGCACCCCGUGCUUCUGCUACGGGCACUCGUCCAAAUGCGACUCUGCCUCCGGCUACUCAAGGUACACCCUGGAAUCGAGUUUCGCCAAGGGGGCGGAAAAGUGGAGGGCCGAGGACCAUAACGGGCGAAACGUCCCUAUUAAAUACGAAGCGAUCAGUCAGUCCAUAGGGGUGCAAGCGCAGGACGACGAAUACGUUUACUUUAUCGCCCCCGAUAGGUUCCUGGGGGAUCAGCGGGCGUCCUACAAUCAACUGAUGGAGUUCACUUUUAGAAUUGGGGAGGCCAACUCGAAAGCGACCACCGCCACUGACAUCAUCCUGGAGGGAAACGGGAAACGGAUCACCAACAUCAUUUUCGCGCAAGAUAAUGUGGCACCGAGCAUAGUGAGUCACACGUACAAAUUCCGGUUGCACGAACAUCCGGACUUUUUAUGGCAACCGAGGCUCAACUCCCGCGACUUUAUUUCCCUCCUGACCAACCUGACCGCCAUUAAAAUUAAGGGAACGUACACCCCCCGGGGGGUGGGUUUCCUGGAGGACUUUAAGAUGGAAACGGCGAUAGGGGGGGCGGCGGGGCAGCCCGCCUUAUGGAUGGAGUUCUGCGAUUGUCCCCAAGGUUACGUGGGACAAUUCUGCGAGUCCUGCGCCCCCGGGUUCAGACACUCGCCCGCCCACGGGGGCCCCUGGAACUCCUGCAUCCCCUGCGACUGUAACAACCACGCGAGCAUCUGCGACCCGGAAACCGGUCGGUGCAUCUGCGAGCACCACACCGCCGGCGAGAAUUGCGAAUUGUGCGCGCGCGGGUACUACGGGAACGCGUUGGCCGGCACGCCGCAGGAUUGCGCGGCCUGCGACUGUCCCGACAGCGGCGCCUGCAUCCAACUGGACGAGGAGGUGAUCAUGUGCACCGAGUGUCCCACCGGGUACUCGGGACACCGCUGCGACAUCUGCUCGGACGGGUACUACGGCGAUCCGACCGGACGUUUCGGUGCACCGGCCCCUUGUAAAAUAUGCGACUGUAACCAGAAUAUCGAUACGAACGCCAUCGGGAAUUGUAAUACGACCACCGGGGAGUGUUUGAGGUGUAUCCAUAACACUGGUGGGUCGAGGUGCGAGGUUUGCCUGUCCGGGUUCUACGGAAACGCCCUGCUGCUACCCAAGGGGGACUGUAAACCGUGCGAGUGCGAUCGCCUCGGGAGCGAUUUGGACGAGAGACACGAGCCGAUUUGCGAUCCGAGUACGGGCGCGUGUUCUUGUAAGGAGCGUGUGACCGGACGUAACUGCGACAGGUGUGAGGAGGGUUUCUAUAACCUGCAGAGCGGCGAGGGUUGUCAGAGUUGCAACUGCGAUCCCACCGGAUCGUUUAAUCAGUCCUGUGACGUGUUUAGCGGACAGUGUUACUGUCGUGCGGGAGUUACUGGGUUGAGGUGCGACCACUGCGAGGCCAGAAAGUACGGAUUUUCCCUGGAGGGUUGUAAGGAGUGCGAGUGCGACUCCGUGGGUUCCAAAGAUCUACAGUGCGAACCCUCUGGACAAUGUCCCUGCCUGGAUAACGUCGAGGGAAGAAAAUGCGACCGGUGCAAAGAGAACAAGUUCGACAGACAUCGGGGGUGCAUAGACUGUCCGGACUGUUACAACUUGGUGCAGACGGCGCAUCACGCGCACAACGACCGUCUGGAUCGUCUGGACGAGAUCCUGAACGAGGUCGAGCGUAGACCCACCGUGAUCGCAGACGAGGAUUUCCCGGUGGAACUGGAUAAAUUGCAAGACGACAUCGACGGGUUCUACAAUAAGGUGCGAAGUGCCACCGGCAAGGAUUCGAUCAUGUCCCAGAUCCAGGAUAUCCAGAAACGCGGCUCGGAAAUCAACAAGACCCUGGAAACGGUGAACGAGACCUUGGAGGGGGUCAAAGUGAACACCGAUGACGCUAACAGGGCGCACGCUUAUGCGGAGGAACUGCUGGAAACCAUCGAUUCGAACCUGGGGGAGCUUCGUAGCACCUUCGAAGCGAGCGCGGAAAAGACGUUGGCGAGCGCGCUGGAGCGGAGCAAACAGGCGGGACAACAGUCGGACAAUAUGACGAGGAUCGCGCAGGAAACCCGGGAAAUUGCCGAUAAAUUGGAACGACAAUCGGAGGUGAUCGUGAGUAAUGCCAAGGAUGCCAAGAAUAUGUCCACGGAGGUGUACGAGUUGGCCAAGAAGGCCAAUACCGAUCAGAGCGCGAUCAAGGACAAGGUGCAUCAACUGAAGGCGGACGUGGACCGGGCCGAGGAUCGACUGAACAAAACCCUGGACUUCACCGCGGAGGUGAACGAGAGGGCGCGCGAAGUGAAAAACGCCGCCCUUGAACUGCUGAACGAGGCGAACAACUUUUACGUGCCCCGGGUAGACGUUCCGGGACUCGCCGCACGCUCGGAUCGCGUGCGGCAAGAGGCGCGAGCAUUGAAAUCGCGAGCGGACGUACUGACGGACAAAAGUAAACAACUGGCGGACUUGAUCGACGCGAAAAACGACCACGGGGAUCGACUGUUGGAACGCGCGUAUUUGCAACAGGACAGUUUGACCGACCUGGUGGUGGACAUACACGAGGCGAACGCCACUGUAGUGGAAACGGUGGCCAAAUGGCAGGAGAAACUGAACGAAGCCGAACGGAUCUACAAGGAUCUGAAGAGUUCGGACUCGGACACGCAAAAGUUAAGGGAGGAAGCGGAAGCGGCGCUGAAAACUAUCCCGGAAAUCGAGCGGAUCAUCCGGGAAACCUGGAUGAAAACCGGCGAGGCGCAGAAGGAACUGUCCGCACUAGGGGAUACCGCCAACGAGGCUUUAGGCAAGGCCCUACAGGCCAAAGGAAAAGAAGAGGAGGCCUCCAAGGAGCUCAAACAACUGAUGGAGGAGGCAACCGACUUGCAAGCCAAAGCCGCGGAUCUACUGACCGAAGACUCAGAGAUGGCGAGACGCGUGGACACGUCCGAACAGAAACUGAACGAGCUGUUGAGCAAACCGUUGAGCGACGACAAACUGGUGGAAAAAGCGAAGGGAAAAGUGGGCCAGGCGGUCCAGGAGACCAACAAGGUCAACGCCGAGGUAGAAACGUUACUGGACAACGUGAAAGACAUCAUUUCCGAACUGGAAAACACCCCGGACAUCGACGAGAACACUUUGGACAAGUUGGACAACGAGAUCGCCGAGAUCGAGCGUAGAAUCAACGAGACGAGGAUGGAGGAGAAACUGGCGAAGUUACGCGAAAACGACAAGGUCCGGAAAAGUCAGAUCGAGGAUUAUAAGGUGCGGAUCGAGGAGAUGCAACGGGACGUGGACAAUAUCCAGCAUAUCGUCGAGGCGUUACCCGAGGGAUGUUUUAAGAGGCUCGUCCUGGAACCUUAGGUUUAUUUUAUUAAAAAGCGUUUUUAUGCCAAAGAUGUAGUAGUAGUAGCAGUUAAGGUGCACAUUCAUUGGAAUAUACUAUCUGUUUUUUUUUUGUAUUACAA